CAGCACACACAUCAAAGGAUCUCCGUCUCGUCCACACAGCAGCUCUCACCGACAGCAGGUCUACUGGAUGGUGGAGCCAUUUCGUCUUUUUUUUUAUUUAUUUACACACAGCGGGAUCGGGAGUCCGGGCAGCUUAACGGGACAUAGUCCGGAUUUUACCCGUACACGUCGAGCCGUGUCGAGAUGAUGUACUGAGGAGAAAAGAGCACAGGCUCCCCGGUUGUGUUCAUCCUGAGGCUGCAGCGAACGGAGGGGGGAUUGCGGUACAAGGUUAAUAAUCAUCAUCAAUAAAGGUCGUCUCUGCGAGCGGGAACCGACUCGAAAGGGUGAAUCUCGCCCCUGUGUGGGGGGAUCGGCGGAGAAAUAUAGAUCUAUAAAAAAUUAUGGCCACCCUACUGCGGAAGAUCGGUCUGAUCCGUCUGCACGAUCGAGACACCGAGGACCCAAAGCACCACCAGGGAUCGUUAAAGGGGACCAAAGGGAACCAGAAAAACAACGCCAACAAACAUUGUCAGACCGCCAACGAAACCAACAUCCUGAGCACCCCGGAGAUAAAGGCGAGGAAGCUGGACCAGCACGGCAAGGACAAGCCGACCGGCAAGGAUAAGCAGGGCAAGGAUGCGAAGGAGAAGCAGCAGACGGGAGGAGGUGGGAGUAAAGCGACCAGUGCCUCCUCGAUAGCACCGCUGGCUCCUCAUCGGCAACACUGCACCCAGGUCCGGACGCGGAGGCUGAUGAAGGAACUACAGGAGAUUAGGAGGUUAGGGGACAACUUCAUCACGGUGGAGCUGGUGGAGGACAACCUGUAUGACUGGAACGUCAAGCUGCACCAGGUGGACAAGGACUCGGCGCUGUGGCAGGACAUGAAGGAGACCUGCACCGAGUUCAUACUGCUCAACGUCACCUUUCCCGACAAUUUCCCCUUCUCGCCGCCGUUCAUGCGGGUCCUGACGCCCCGGUUGGAGAACGGCUACGUGUUGGAUGGCGGGGCCAUAUGCAUGGAGCUGUUGACCCCCCGCGGAUGGUCCAGCGCCUACACGGUGGAGGCGGUCAUGAGGCAGUUUGCAGCCAGCCUCGUAAAAGGACAGGGACGUAUAUGUAGGAAAGCAGGGAAGUCCAAGAAAGCAUUCAGCCGCAAGGAAGCCGAGGCCACCUUCAAGUCCCUGGUGAAGACCCAUGAGAAGUACGGCUGGGUGUCCCCGCCCGUGUCCGACGGCUGAGUGCCAGGCCACCGACCCCCUGACCCCUGCGCUAGCCGGACAAAACCCAGCUAGCCCCGACACGCAAAACGACACACCACACUAACUCAACAAUCUCUCAUCCUUUUUCUGUUUCACACAAGAGUUCUUUUCUUUCUCGGUUUUGUGUGUCUGUGCUAUUAUCUUUUGAAUUUUUUUUUUGUCCUCCAUCUCCACCAAAACUCUCGGAGAGCAGACACACCAUCAUCAUCAUCACUCCUGCACCGACAAGCAGCUUUCAUUCCCCUCCCCCUCGCCCAGGGAGAUUCUUUCCCCCAUUUUGGAAAGGCCUGAGAGGGGAGUUUUCUGUGUGUGUGUGUGUGUGUGUGUGUUUGUCACUCCAUCGGACAUCAGCUGGGAGUGUGUGCACAGGCAUCGGAGUGUGUGUUACUGUUGGUGGAUUUCCUUUUUGUUAUUUUUUUCCCAACACACACCCACUCACGUGCAGCCGGACUAAUCGAACAGUGUGGACUUUUCCACCCAUAUGAAAGACUACUGAAUGAAGGAGACUCAUCCCCCUCUCCUGUUCUCACCAUCCCAUCCUCUCCUCUUUCCAUCCCUCGCUCCUUUCUUCUCUUUAGCAAUGAACUGGCAUUACUCCUCUCUCUGUAGCUGUCGGGUCAUUUACAUGUAAAUGAAGCUGUUAAUGUUUAAUAGACGGCAGCGCACUGGCGUUUAUACUCACUCAUUCACUCCUUCAUUUCCCCUUUCUUUCGACUGUGCCAUUGCUCACAGUUCAAUGCAACAUGAAGAUUGUAAUUUACAUGGAGCUGUGCUCUCUUUCUCUCUUUUUCUCUGUCUCUUUCUUUAGCUCGCUCGUUCACUUUGUUUCUCUUUCUUCCUCUCCGUCUCUUGUGGCUAAAUUUAGAGCUCACUGUUGCGUAGAUGGGUAUUGAUUUCUAAUGGAGAAAAAAAAGUCACAUGUUGCUUCAUGCAGAGACUAUGUAUGAUAAAUAGAAUGACAGUCAAUCACCUCGCUUUCUUUCUCUCUCUACUCUCAUGUUAUCGUGUGUGUGUGUGUGUGUAGGAGAGGAAGAAGACUGUAAUUCCCAUGAUUUAGAUACCAGAUGGUACAGCUGAGGGCCAGGCCUAAGUCUGUGUAUGUGUAUGUGUGUGUGUGAGCAAGGGAGACAACCCUUUAAACAGAGAAAAAUAUGAUUUACUGUGAAUGACAAUAAGGCCUAAAGGGAGGGCUGUUUUUUUGUUUUUGUUUUUUUUUUUUGGUAAAUUAUUUGUCACUGUCUUGUUCCACCGUCUCUGUUAGCUCCUGAUUAUUACUACUGUAAACACGUGUGGUUGUGAGCGAAUAUCUACGUGCACAUAGCCUCGUCUCCGAUCCAUGUAAAGAACUAAAGGUCAGUAGAAAACACACUUUGGACGUUUAACUGUGCACCAGACGCGCACACACACACACACAUUAAGUUCGCCCACAAACACACUCGUUGCAUCCACCUGAGGCCUUGACGGCAGCGGUAAUACCAAGAAAUGAAGACAGACAGGCGCUCGAGCGCUGCCGUGGAUGGAGUGGUGCUUUAAUUGAGUGUACGCUUCACAGCCCACCUGAUUGAUGUCUGCUGAAAGAGAGGCAAUAGGGAGAGGAGGAGAAGAACAGAGGGAAAGGAGGAAAUUGUGGGAGCUUUGAUCACUACCGGCUGCUUCUCAGAAAUGUCACGCUGCUUGCAAAAUGGCCGAAGACUGACAUUAUUUGCUCUACCUGCUGUGAUUACUUAAGAGACACACAGUUCCUGAGUUCCAACCUUUAAAAGGACUUUAUAAAAUAUCUAAUAUUAACUUUGUGGCUGCAGCAAUGUCAGUCUCAAUCAAUUGGGCGCCUACUAGUCACAGACUAUCUGUCCAUCCAGUCCAGUGGGGUCCUUGUGUGUUUGUUUUGCUAUCUGCCAGUUAAAUGUCAGAAGGAAAGCUGCUAAUUGGUCUGACAUUUCAGCAGAGCGUCAUUAGAGAAGAGCAGCGAGAGCAGAAGGAUGGAGGAUGUCAAACCUCCCGCUCAGCACUGACAUUUUGUCACUUUCCGCUCCUGGUC